GCGCAUACUCCGUACUUCAGCUUCUGGUACUUUCGAUGCGUCGGCCGACGCCCAGCUCAUUCCGCGUCGGGACGUCGGAGGUGUCGUGUGUGACAUUGCUGCUGGAGAGUAGCUGCCCCAAAGCCCCGCUUCGUCCUCAGCUGUGGAGGAAGGCGUCCGUUGGGCCUUUCUCUUCGUCAUAAGUGAGGCGUCGGCGACCUGUGGAACAGACUGUUCCGGAAGGAGCCUCCAAAACAAGGAAGCGCCACACCGGAGUCCGUUAUGUCCAACUACGUGAACGACAUGUGGCCGGGGUCGCCGCAGGAGGCCCGGUCGACGUCGGGCCGGUCCAGCCGGCUGUCCUCCGUGACGCGGAGCCACUCGAGAAGCUCGCGAUCCAGUUCCGGCGUCUCCAGUCAGUGGUCGUCCAGGAGUCGGAGCCGGCCCCGGCGCCGGAGCAGGUCCGGGAGGUCCAGGUCUCGUUCCCGAAGGCGCCACCAGAGGAAGUACAGGCGCUACUCGCGGUCGUACUCGCGGAGCCGCUCGCCAUCCCGCAGCCGCCGCGGGUACUGGGAGAGGCACUACCCUUCCUCGCGGAGGUACUACCGCUCUCCCUCGCCAGACCGAUCCCGCAGCCGGUCCCGCUCUCGGGGACGGUCGUAUUCCCGAAGGGCCUACGCCGUAACGCGGGGCCGACGCUACUACGGCUUUGGUCGCACGGUGUACCCGGAGGAGCACAGGAGUGGGCGCGGGAGAUCCAGGACGCGGUCACGGAGCCCAACCCCAUUUCGCUUAAGUGAAAAAGAUCGAAUGGAGCUGUUAGAAAUAGCAAAAGCCAAUGCAGCAAAAGCCUUAGGAACAACCAACUUUGAAUUGCCUCCUAGUCUCAGAACUGUUCUUGUAUCUAAAGAAACAAGCCGUGGGACAGCUGUAACAAAUAAUGGUGCAAAGUUGGAGCUGUUGCAAAAGCUAACAGAAGAUGGAACUAAAACUCCCAAUGAAAAGACUUCCCAGCAAAAAAGCAUAGCUUUUAGCUCUAAUAAUUCUUUAGCAAAGCCAGUGCUUCAGAAAUCAGCUAAAGCCACUGCUGAAGAGAUCUCUUCAGGAUCACCAAAAAGAGAACAGAAAAAAAGUCCAUAUGAACUGUGGAAACCUGUUUAAAAAAGAAAACUGAUGGCUAAGGUUGCCUGAAAUGCACUUUAUUGCAAGAUUGUGUUUCUAGCAUUAUUCCAUUUCUGUGAAGCGAUUUUAGUUGUAAUUUGUUGCGUUACAGACAACCCAAAAAGAUGUAGAUACUUUAUAUUUAAAAUAAUAAUUUAGAUUUCUCUUGCAGGUAGGAGAUAGCACAGAUGGACCAGAGGGUUACGUACAGGUGUGAGUCUUGUUUAUAUACUUGUAAAUUUUUUGUGUAACGGAUUGUUUAUGUAGAAAUGAAAUUUCUAAGGCACACAGUAAUUAAACUGUGUUGUACAUAUUUAAUAAAUUUAUUGUUUUUAUUA